AUGUUUCUAUUACGUAAUGUAUAUUUUCAAGUUGAAAUAAUAAAUUCCUUAUACAGCUUGAGUGUUCACGACGCUUUCGUCGACUUGCGACACUGUUGCCGACCUAAGUUAACAACGGGCUCCCUAACUACACUAAAACGAUCUGUUGCAAACAAAUCCGUAUCCAUACAGAAAGGUUAUCUCUAUGACAAAAUGAACGAUCUACCUAACGCGACCCAUUGGACGUUAAAUGAUUACAAGUGGAUCCAACGUUUGUUUAGGCUCCCGUGUCGUUUAGAAGGGCCCAGCUGGCGGUGGAAGGCCGGGCAGACGAGCAUAGAUGCGGCGACAGUAAUUAUCGCCCGUGUCGACGACUCCCGGGAGAGCGUUCACCCCGAGGGCCGCGCAACACUGACAAUACUCAACUGUCGGGGCUGCGAGCGACCUAUCACUACUAAACUCAUCCGCCUCAAUGUUCACGUCAGUCGCAGGGCACAAUGCGAUCUUGGCGGACCCUACACUAAGCUAUCGCACAAUAUAUUCUUUCUCCGCCGUUUUAAUAUGCAAGGAGAAGUGAAACCGCUCGCAUUUUCAUGUUACGCCCUUUAUGUAAAUCUGUUGGUAUAUUUUCUGGCAGCGCUUGCAAAAUAUUGUAUCAGUGCAGUAAAUAAAUAA